GUGGCUCUGCAACAAGAUCAUGGGGUUUCUCAGGAACACGCAGGAGGUUUUCGUCGUGGCUUGGGAGAUGGGGAAGUCGGAUCCGAGGAAAGUCAUAUUCUCCGCGAAGAUGGCUUUGGCUCUGACACUAACAUCACUCCUCGUCUUCUGGAAGGAACUGGGAGCUGACAUCAACCGCUACUUCGUGUGGGCGAUUCUUACAGUGGUUGUUGUCUUCGAGUUCAGCAUAGGAGCUACUCUAAGCAAAGGAUUUAACCGGGCAUUAGGGACAUUAUCGGCAGGAGGCCUCGCCCUUGCCAUGGCAGAGCUUUCAACAAUGUCCGGAGGCUGGCAAGAACUUGUAAUCACCAUAAGCAUUUUCGUCAUAGCUUUCAUUGCCACUUAUGCGAAACUGUACCCGACGAUGAAGCCUUACGAGUACGGGUUUCGGGUUUUCCUGUUGACGUAUUGCUACAUAACGAUGUCGGGUUAUCGAACAGGAGAAUUCUUCGAAACAGCCAUCUCAAGAUUCCUUCUAAUCGCGCUAGGUGGAAGCGUAUGCCUCGUUGUGAACACUUGCAUCUUUCCGAUAUGGGCCGGUGAAGAUCUCCAUAUGCUGGUCGCCAAGAACUUCAUGAAUGUUGCAACGUCUCUGGAAGGUUGUGUGAAUGCAUACCUCGAUUGUGUGGCAUACGAUAGGAUCCCCUCGAAAAUUCUCGUCUAUGAGGCGGUUGCUGAUGAUGCGGUUUACAGUGGUUACCGGUCCGCCGUCCAAUCUACCAGCCAAGAAGAUACUCUGAUGGGAUUUGCAACAUGGGAACCUCCACAUGGACCUUACCAAUCAUUCAGAUAUCCAUGGCAGAACUACGUGAAGGUCAGUGGCGCAUUGAGGCAUUGCGCCUUCAUGGUCAUGGCAUUGCAUGGCUGCAUACUCUCAGAAAUACAGGCUGCAGAAGAGAAGAGACAAGUCUUUCGCGAUGAACUCAGAAGGGUAGGAGUUGAAGGAGCAAAAGUACUUCGAGACCUCGGAACCAAACUGAAGAAGAUGGAGAAACUGGAUUUUGACGAAGACAUACUCUACGAGGUUCACCAAGCAGCCGAAGCAUUACAAAGCAAGAUCGACAGAAAAUCGUAUCUCCUCGUAAACGCGGAGAACUGGGAAAUCGGGAACCGAAACAGCGAUUCAUCAAUAACCCAACACGAAAUCUCGAAUCUUGACGAAGAUCUGAAGAGGGUUUUGUCUCACAAAUCCAGAAGCGAAUCUAUGCUCCGAGUACCCAGAAAUUGGGAUGUACCCAUGAACCCUAAUUUCCCCAACACCACCCAUCAAUCAACAAAUCCAGUGAUUAUACAGAAACAACCGUCAUGGCCUGCCGGGACCUCUCUAAUGGCGGACAGUAUGUUGGACAACGACGCGACCAAGAUGUAUGAAAGCGCGAGUGCUUUGUCCUUGGCGACAUUUGCUUCACUGCUCAUCGAAUUCGUCGCGAGGCUGGAGAAUCUGGUGAGUGCUUAUGAAGAACUGAGCGAGAAAGCGAGCUUCAAGGACAAGAAGACUGUUGAUGAGAUGAUGACAGAACCAGGAAUGGCGGCGGAAAAUGUCGGGAUCUGGAUUAGGUUGCGUCGAUGUUUGAAAUCAUAAAGCGUCGUCCGCUAGAUUCAGGUUUAAUUUAAAGCCUUUGAUCUCGAGGGAAAAUAGCAUUCAAGAU